AUGUCGGUAGCUAAUGAUAAUUCGUUGAAAAGUCGUUCAAGGCUGCCCGUGGCAUCGAGAUCUCCUCGUAAAUAUCGAUCGCGAUCUCCAGAUACUACACCUUACCGACAGAUUCAACAAGAUAUUAAUACCAUUGAAAGAUCGGCAUCUAUGAAACCAUAUGGGAGAGCAGAAUAUAAAACAACUGAGCCUGAUAUGAUUGAAAGAGGAAGGACUAGACUGAGGGAAGAUAGGCAAAUGUAUAUGAAUGAAAAUGGCACGGAGAUUAGCUUAAUGGGAUUCAAAACUGGAUCUAAACAUAAAAGCCCUGCAAAAGAUAGACAAAGUGGUCAAACCGAGAGCUGA